AUGGAAACUAUUGGCAGGGUAUUUUCACGGCCGCAGGCCAAACCGUAUCGAACGCGAAAGCUCUCCAAAAGCAUCGAGGUUCACUUGGACGAACGAGGUCUUCUCAAAUUCUCGCCAAACGAUGUCGAGAACCCCAAAAACUGGUCGGCUGCGCGAAGAUGCUACAUCACAGCGGCAUGCAUUGUUACCAUCAUGAAUGGUAGCAUGGCGUCCAGCUCGCCUUCUGGAUGUCUGCCGAGCAUAUCUGAGAAACUCCACGUCUCGCAAGAAGUCGCGAAACUUACCGUCACACUCUUCGUGGUAGGCUUUGCUGCAGGCCCUGCUUUCUGGGCUCCCCUCUCCGAAUACUUUGGCCGUCGAGGCAUCUUUGUGGGCACGUUUGUAUGCUACUUCGCCUUUACCUUCCUCUGUGCUUUCACGCCCAACAUUGGAGGACUACUCGUUGGUCGCUUUCUAUGCGGCACGUUCAUUAGCGGUGCCUUGUCCAAUACGCCAGGAGUUUUCGCCGACAUAUGGGGUCCGAUUGAGAGAAACCUUUCCAUGGCGCUCUUUACUAUUGCCCUUGACGUGGGACCUGCCGUCGGACCCAUCACCAGCGGCUUCUACCAGCUCAAGCUCGAUUGGCGAUGGAGCUUUUACCAACUUCUAUGGGUCUCUGGAUUCACUCUCUUCAUCCUUCCGACCGUGCCCGAGACCCUGCAGUCUCGAUGCCUUCUGCACAAGGCGAGACGUUUGAGGAAGAUCCCGGGCUAUGAACACAUCAAAGCGCCUAUUGAAGUCGAGGGAAAGAAGCUCAGCGAGAUCUUCAAGACUGCCCUUCUUCGACCUUGGAGGAUUGUCUUGGAUCCAAUUGCUGGACUAACAGCUAUCUACAUCACCGUCGUGUACACGCUCCUGUACAUGCUCUUCACGAUCUUCCCCAUUGCCUUCAUCGAAAUUCGAGGCUGGAAUGCUGGAGUGGGAGAACUGCCUCUGCUGAGUGUUGUCGUGGGUGCUCUCAUUUCAGGAGUGUAUGUCUACGCGCGUUCAUUCAACGAAAAGAAGAAAAUCCAAGCCGGACAUAAAUUUGCACCGGAGGACAGCCUUCCCGUCGGCAUGGUCGGCGCUAUCUGCUUUCCAGUGGGCAUGUUCCUGCUCGCUUGGGGCGGUAUGUAUGCCGACGUCCACUGGAUCGUUGCGUCGAUCGGCGGCGUCUUCGUCUCGAUCGCCAUCACGCUCCUAUUCAUCGCCUUCCUCAACUACCUCAGCGAGAGCUACCUGAUGUACGCCGCCUCCGCACAAGCCGGCAACCAGAUCAUUCGAUCCGCCAUCGCUGCUUCGGCACCGCUCUUUUCGUCUCAGAUGUUCAGUAAGAUGACGCUAGGAGGUGGUGGCUCAAUGAUCGGUGGCAUAUCGAUACUCCUGGCGCCGAUACCAUUCAUCUUCUACAGAUAUGGAGCGAAGAUCAGACAGAAGAGCAAGUUUGCACCUACGCCUGAGGUGGAGGAGAAAGAGGAGAAGGAGGUUGAGAAGGAGGUGCAAGAGGGCGAGCAAGACGAGGAAAAUGAGAAACAGGAGGAAGUUGAAACACCAGGAUUCGACAAUGAAAGUCUUCGCUCUGAAGCGAGGUUUAACGACAGUGACGAGAUCGAAAAGGGAGAGAAACGGCCGGAUAUUUAG